AUGUUUCAUUCAGAGACAUGAUUUAGUUGCUUUCAUAAAGGUUUCCUGCAGUAAACGAUGGCGAUGAUAAAAAAUAUCAUUGAUUUGGAUGACAUGUUCUACGAGAACUUAUCUCUCGGUUUAGCGAAGAAAUUUGUAGAUAGUAUCCCCCGGAUUACAAACGUAACCUGUGAGAAGAGACUGCCUUGUGAGAAAGCGCAAGUAACCGCCUGGGAGUCGCGUCACAACAUUUACCUUCCGGAUGACAUGAAACGAUUCUAUUUGUCAACUGAUGGAUUUAACUUUUACUGGAGUUAUCAAUAUUCGCCGAACGACAUACGACGCGUGGGACACAUUCACAUUCCGCAUUUAAUACAGAUAACCCUCGUCAGAGAUAAUAUUGACACAAUCCUUAGUUCCAGUCCUAACACUGCCGUUACUAUUCCACCAAUCAUACGUCAAUCAAAUUAUAUCGACUCGACAUCAGGCUUUCUCAAUAACUUGAAUCUCAACUCGAGAAGCAAAAUAUUCGAACUGAGUACCAUUACCGAUCUGGCCAAAGUUUGUCUUGUCUAUGAGACACCGGAAUCAUCGAAUCCGAAAAUAUUUCUACUCGAAAUGGCAUCAUUCAAAUGGCAGUUCUUGGCGGAUACUUUUACCGAAUAUCUACGAAUGAGUAUUGCUCAUCUUGGUCUUCCCUAUUGGGAACUAUGCUUCUCCAGCUGUGGACUGCCAUCGUGGACCGAGCAGUUGUUUCUUCUGCUGGCACCACAUUUGCUGGAGAAAAAUGAGAACCGUAGAUUGAAAAAUAUUGUGUGCAUCAACGAAAAUCCACCGUACAAUGUUCUCGAUCCAGCCGUGUUCCGAACAAAGCCACGUUGUUCCAGACAAUCUCAAAAAAGUAGAUUAAACAACUGAUUUUAGGAAAAUGUAUACAAUUGCUUUUGUAUUUGUUUGUACGAAUUAUACUAAAU